UCCCCCCCCCUCCCCGGGGCCAGGCUGCGGUUCAGCACCGGGGCUGCGGCGGGGAAGCAGGCGUGGGCCGGCCGCGCUCGGCCUGGAGCGCCAGCAUAUGGAGCUCCUGGGCCAGUGAUCAGAUCUGACAGUUGCAAGGCAGGAUCUUUUAGCCCACUGGGCUGGGCUUGGGUUUGAACCUGUGUCCUGGUGCUGAAGAGACGCCGCCGGUCCUGUUGCACCACAGCAGGAACUCCCCUUGUUGGUUAGGAGUCAUGUCAGAAGAAACAGCAAGCGAAUCACAGUUUUCCUUGAAGACCGCAGCACUGAAGGUGUUUGAUCUUCCUCUGUCUUGGUACUAUUCUCUCUGCCAGAUCAAAUUUUCACCAGUGGCUAAAAAAUUAUUUGUGGUAACUGCAGUUAGUGCUGUAUCUGUAAUUUUUCUGGCUCAUCACUUUAAGAGAAGACGUGGAAAGAAAAAAGGAAAAAUAUUACCAUGGGAACCAGAACACCUCAUACUUGAAUACACUAAAAGAACAGCAUCAGACAAAGGUUCAAGUUGUUCCAGUAGCAGACAGAAUUUGACAUUAUCUUUAAGUUCUGCCAAAGACAAAGGAUCUCAGUCUUGUAACUAUGCCAAUGGAGGACUCUUCAGUAAAUACUCAGGUUCUGCACAGAGUUUAGCCUCUGUCCAGAGUGUCAAUUCUUGUCAUAGCUGUGCUUGUGGCAAUUCUAACUCCUGGGACAAAGCAGAUGAAGAUGAUAUUAAACUUGUUAAUAUCCCUGUGACCACUCCUGAGAACUUAUACUUGAUGGGUAUGGAAUUGUUUGAAGAGGCAUUGCGUCGAUGGGAACAAGCUCUAACCUUUCGAAAUAGACAGGCUGAAGAUGAAGCCUAUAGUUCUAUUAAGUUGGGUGCAGGAGAUGCCAUUGCUGAAGAAAGUGUAGAUGAUAUUAUUAGUACAGAAUUUAUACAUAAACUUGAAGCUCUGCUUCAAAGAGCCUAUCGUCUCCAAGAGGAGUUUGAAGCUACCCUGGGGGCAUCUGAGCCUAAUUCCCUUGUUAAUGAUAUUGAUAAGGAUACAGAUAUCACCAUGAAGGGGAACAUGGAUGACUUUGGCCUGCGAGACACCUUGAGUGUUGCAUCAACAGAUUCUUUUGCUUCAGCAGCAGAGCUUGCAGAACACAAAGAAGUACGACAUACUUACAGUCUGGAGUCUCUUUGCCACUGUCCUUUUUACGAGGAAGCCAUGCAUUUAGUUGAAGAAGGAAAAAUUUACUCAAGAGUGCUUAGAACUGAAAUGUUGGAGUGCCUAGGAGACAGUGAUUUUCUUGCCAAACUUCACUGUAUUCGACAGGCUUUUCAGGUAAUUCUUUCAGAAUCAGCCAACAGGAUCUUCCUUGCUGAAAGUGGGAGGAAAAUUUUAUCAGCGUUAAUUGUAAAAGCACGAAAGAAUCCAAAGAAGUUUGAAGAUGUUUUUGAUGAAAUGAUCUAUUUUUUAGAGCAGACUGAUCACUGGGAUAGUACUGAAAUGGAACUUGCUGCUAGAGGAGUGAAAAAUCUAAAUUUUUAUGAUGUUGUCCUGGAUUUUAUAUUAAUGGAUUCCUUUGAAGAUUUAGAAAACCCACCCACUUCCAUACAGAAUGUAGUAAAUAAUCGCUGGCUAAACUCCUCCUUCAAAGAAACUGCCGUGGCUUCAAGUUGUUGGUCAGUAUUGAAACAGAAAAGGCAACAGAUGAAGAUCCCAGAUGGAUUUUUUGCCCAUUUUUAUGCCAUUUGUGAGCACAUCAGCCCAGUCCUAGCCUGGGGCUUUUUGGGUCCUAGAAAUUCUCUGUAUGAUUUGUGUUGCUUCUUUAAGAACCAAGUUCUUUUCUUUCUCAAAGACAUCUUUGAUUUUGAGAAGGUGCGCUAUUCCAGUAUAGAGACUUUGGCCGAAGACCUCAUGCAGUUACUCAUUCGCCGCACUGAGCUUUUAAUGGCCUAUCUUGGAGCCGAUGCCCUGAGGCAUACGAGUAGCUGUAUAAGUAGUCAUGGUCCUGUUAUGCCCAGCAGCCUUUUGGAAGCCAAAGUACAAUAAGGACCUUAAAAACCAGACAAUUUGUGUGUGCUAUGAAAUACCUUGAAAGGUAACUAUUGAUUUCGUACCAUGUAUUACACAGAACUGGUGGCUAUGGACUCAGGGAGGAAAAAAAAAAAGAGUCUAGUAAAGAAGGAGUGAUUGUACUGUACUUGCACAACAGUUCUGUCAUUGGAUCCCUGUGUAGUGUGUCCAAAGCGUCUCCGUACAAUCCUUAGGUAAUAAUCAUUGUAAAAUGUUGUGUAUUUUACAGAACUAUUGCGUGAAUUGAAACCAGUACUUUGGAGUUAAUUGAUUUGUCAUUUGGAAGCUAUAUGAAAUGUCCAGUUUCAUGCUCACAAGCUUUGUUUUUAUGCUUUGCACCUCGAAGAUACAUACUUUAGCCAAGACUUUUAUGGCCCACAUAUGCAAGAAUAUAUUACUCCUAGUGUCAACAAACUUUGCCUGAAAAUGUGUUUUUAAUUGUAACGUUAUUCACUGUUUAAUCAGGUUUAGACAGUAGUGGUGUUUAAUAUGUACUGCUUACAUUAUUGCUUGUGCAUUUGCUUAAGUAUUUGAAUCAAAGAAAUUGUAGUGGCCUAGUAUCAUUAUAAAACAUUUAAAUGAAUUGCCACCGAGAAGAUGAAAAGUUAUAAGUUUAUAUUAGAUUUAUUACAGUUUCCAAAAUAUAUUACUGUUGAUCCUGUAUGUUACAAUAGAUAAAAUGAAGAAAUUUCUGUUAUCUUGGUAUAGGUUAGAGCAUUUUCCUUGAAUAAAUAUUGAUGGAAAAUAUAACAUUUAUUAACUGAUAGAUUAAAAUUUUUCCCGUGUAUUUUGACACUGUCUCCCCAAAUCUGAAGGUACUAAUGUUGAUAUAGUACAAUAAUUUCUUUCUUCUCCUUCUACAAAACUGGCUUUUAGUUAUUUCUGCAGAGGAACUUAACACACUGAGAAUUUGUCAUACCCAUAUUUUUAAAGUAUUCAUACUUUGACUCGUAGAGUAAGUUUUAAAGAAGGGUUUUUCCCCCCUGAAUAUAGAGUAAAAUAUUUUUAAUGGUAUGGAGUAUAUUUCCUGUCCUUUAUGGUGGAUAUAUGAACAAAUGGGUUAUUCAUAUGAGUAAGAUUUUUCAAAGUAUAUUAGAUACUUCGAGAUUUGUAUUAAUUUUGUGUCUAAAUCGUAUACCACUUAUUUAGAGUGGCUGACUCAGUAUAUCAAUGGAUUGGAUUUGUUGAUUUUGCUCCUAAAGUGAGCUUUAUCAUUUUAGGAGUGUUACCCAGAAGGAUAUAAGAUAUAUUUUUUGAAAAAUGCAUUUUUAGAUUAAAGUGCCUAGUUUCUGGUUAAUGAAUGGAAAAUGAAAAGUGAAGAAAGAGGCAUAAUCUUUUAAGGUUUUAAGUUUAUGUGUGUGCCACAUUUAUGUAAUAUUAGUUACAAAAUAGGAGAUUCAGAAUCUUUAUGUUUGCAUGUGCUGUGUUCCAUAAUGUGUAGGUUAUAGCAUUAAACAAUAUGAAAUAUUACUCUAAUAUUUUUUGAGUAUGUAGCUCCUUGACUUUUUUUACAUAUAUUCUUAAUUUAACAUUUGGCUGUUCAUAAUUCUUAGUAAUGACGGAAGAGUAUUUUUUAAAGUAUCAAAACUUAAAAUUCCAUUAUGUUAAUAUUUUCGUUUUUAAUUUAUAUCCUGUGUUUUAGCUUCUUGUUGAGAUACCAUUGGCCUUGAAUGAUUCACACACAUGCACACAUGUGUGCACACACCCAGUCCCAUUACUGUGUAAGCAAGGAAGUUAUUGCUUAUGUUAAUUUUCUUGUUUAGGGGGGCUAAAUGUUUUAAGCUGCGGUUUUAUAAACAAAGCUAUAAGUAAACUUAAAUCCCUUUUUUAUUUGAGGAAGCUAUUGUUUGAAAUGUAUUUUGAGGAAUUGCACUAUUUAAUAAUGCUGCUACUACAUGAAAUAACCCCAGGGAAUUUAUUUGAUCACUUAAGAUGAAUGGCUUUCCAGAAGGUUUUUUUACAAUUUUUUUCUUCUUUUUCACACUUCACCUUAAUAAAAGAGAAAUUUCCCUUAUUUAAAUGGUUGGUUUGUCAGUGCCUGAGUUUGAUUAGUUUCUGGUCAGUUCAGAAGCUACUACCUUAGUGAGACGCUUUCUUUGUGGCUUUGGACGAAAGAGAUAAGAAUGACUAAAUAGGAGUUCCCGUUGUGGCUCAGUGGUUAAUGAAUCUGACUAGGAACCAUGAGGUUGUAGGUUCAAUCCCUGCCCUUGCUCAGUGGGUUAAGGAUCCGGCAUUGCCGUGAGCUGUGGUGUAGGUUGCAGACGCGGCUCCGAUCCUGCGUUGCUAUGGCUCUGGCAUAGGCCAGCAGCUACAGCUGUGAUUCAACCCCUAGCCUGGGAAUCUCCAUAUGCUGUGAGAGCAGCCCAAGAAAUGGCAAAAGACAAAAAAAAAAAAAAAAAAAAAAAAAAAAGAAUGACUGCAUAAACUUGCAGGGUAAUAGGUAUAGGAAAAAAGCUUUCUACUGUAAGGGAAGAAACUUGACUUUUCUAAAGAAACAUCUCUUAAAAAUGUUUCUGACUGCUAAAGUACUUCAAAUGUAUGUACCAAUUUCAGUUUGCCUUGAAAUUGGGUUGAACAGCUGAAACCAUGUUUUAAAAAAUUAAAAAGCUAAUAAACUAGUAAGCUAGUCUAGAGCCUUUUAGGAUAAAACCCUGUUUAACACUUACUCAUGGUAGUAUUACCAAAAAUUGCCUUUGCCACAUGAGUCCUGCCAUCUGUUUCCCUAUCUAAAUUAUAAGAAGGCCUUGAAUUAGUCAUGAGAAAAUGGAUUUUUUCCCUCCUCUGUUCUGGAAGAAAAAAGAUAAGUGUUCAGUUGAUUUAUAUUUGAUAAUUUUUUUUUUCUAUUUUGGUUUCUUCACAUCUUUGUUCAACCAAAAGUCUAGUUAUUUCUUCUUGAAGGCUUACGAUAUGUUUAAUUAAAUGUCAAAUGAGAUUCUUUUUAAAAGAGGAGUCAAGUUUUCCAAACUGUUGCAGUCAGCUCCAGAGAACUUUUCCUCUCUCAUAAAGAAGUUUGUUUAUUUUUUGUUUGUUUGUUUUUGGCACUUUUGGAAGUUCCUGGGCCAGGGAUCAAAUCCAUGCCAUAGCAGUGAUAACAUCAGAUGACUAAUCCACUGAGCUACCAGGGAACUCCAAAGUACUUUUUAUUUGCAUCCAUUUAUUAUGGUUCCAUUAAUUUAUUGAAUUACCUGACUUUAUAAAAAUAUUUUCAAAUUUUUUCUUGCCUUAAGAUAUAACGUUUUCUACUUAAAUGAUUACCUAAGGAGUGAUUCUUUACAUUACAAGAGAUUUCUUUAGUUUAUCAUUCCUUUAAACCUAUGAGAGAAGAAUGCCAAAGUAACAUUUAAUAUACUUCUCUGCGACUUUUCAUAAUCAGAAAUUUUAAAUUAUAUUCACAACAUAAUUUGCUUUUAUUUUAAUGUGAACACGUAUUAGGAAAUUAUUUAGAAUUUACCUUUCAAAGUGAUUAUAAGAAUUAGGCUGAGUUAAAAUCUCUUUUUGUUUGGAUUAAUCAAAUUUAGAAAUAUCUCUAUAUGUGAGACUAGGAAUUUAUGUAAUCUGUGAGUAACGGAAAUAAGGGUAUCCUUUCUUUGUUUCUAAUGAUUGUUAUUGUUUUGCUUAGGUUUGAGAACAACUAUGUAUUAGCUUUACUUGGCUGAUGUCGGUAAAUGUGUCUAUUUCCUAAAUGUAAGGACUGCACUUAAUAAUUUAUGUAAACGUGAAACACUACAGUAGCAGAAAAAAAUAACAUCGGCACUUUAGCCAAAAUAUGCACUGUAACAUGGAUGUAUUUCUACUACUGCCAAAUAAAAAAGCAAUGGUACUUC